AUGGAAUCCCAGUCGAUUACCCAACAUCCAGUAGUGGAUCUACAUCGAAAAAUUUGUGAGAUCGAAUCUAUCACCGGAAACGAAAAGCCAGUCGCCGAUCUGCUCGUGUCGUAUUUGGAGGGGAAAGGACUUACGGUCGAGAAGCAAGUUGUUCCAUCGGACUACCCGGAGGAGAGAUACAAUAUACUGGCCUACUAUGGAAGCAAGCGCCAGACCAGGGUUUGCUUUUCAAGUCACAUCGAUGUGGUACCACCGUAUUGGCCGUACAGAUUACUGAACGACAGUACCGAGAUAUGGGGCAGAGGAGUAGUUGAUGCAAAAUCGUGCGUUGCUGCUCAAAUAGUCGCACUGGAGGAGCUGUUUUCCAAUGGCCACAUUCAACCAGGCGACAUCUCCUUACUUUUCGUUGUAGGCGAAGAGACUGAAGGUGAUGGAAUGAUAUAUGCCAACAACCUCGGACUCAGCUGGGAAUCGGUUAUUUUCGGGGAGCCUACCGAAGGUACCCUUCCAAGAGGACACAAGGGUGUUCUCAAUAUGGCCUUGAGAGCCAGCGGCAAGGCGGCGCAUUCUGGCUAUCCCUCUCUGGGAGAGUCGGCUGUCAACAAAUUACUCGAUGGACUCCAAGCUUUGCGCGACAUGAAGCUUCCUUCAAGCCAACGAUUUGGAGAAACAACUAUGAACAUAGGCCGCAUCGAUGCGGGCGUGGCUGCAAAUGUCAUUCCCUUUUUUGCGGAGGCCAAUAUCAUGUUUCGAAUCGCAGGUGGAACGAUAGAUGACUUGAAGAGGACGAUUGAAAGUAGCUUGGAUGCUACCGGCCAUAAGUAUGAGAUGAAUUUUGCGAUUGAUGCUUGUGAGCCUGUCAAGAUAGAGGGUGAUGUUCCUGGAUUUACACAGUCGGUUGUCAAUUAUGGGACGGAUAUUCCGAAUCUCAAGGGCAAUCACAAGAAUUAUCUUUACGGACCAGGUUCAAUCCAUGUGGCUCACACCGAGAACGAAAUGAUUUUGGUCCGCGAUCUGGUUCAGUCAGUCGGCGCCUAUCAAAGACUGGCCUUGCAUGCUCUGGGGAAGGCGACCGUGUGA